AUGCACACUUUGACAUCAAUCGCUUCAGUGCACAAGCCCUUGGCACUAAUCGUAUCAUGCCAUCCAGAUGACUUGCUCCGCCAGCACAAAGCAGAAAAGAGCGUUUUGUCUGAACGACCAUUGAAUCGGUCGAGGAACACUUCGAAUAUCUCUCAUCAGAGCCACGAAACUCGCUCGUUCUCAGGGCCGCGUUUGCGUAACCCUUGUCGCCAGCCAAGUGACCCCCCACGAGGAGUUCUUGCCCAGGCCGAUGCUGGAUUCGCGCGAUUCCUCAAGGAGCAUGCAUCGCCUAAGCACCAACGCGUCACCGCUGGAGGACGAAUUGUUCCAAUGGAUAGACAAGAACCUCCUCCUCAGAUGAAACUCCUGAUUAAUGAGAAACAUCGGGAUAAACUCUCUCCCUCGGUAGAGGGGAAGGGCAAAAGUAAAAUGAAGGAUAAACAAGCCGAGUCUGUGGACGUCAGUCGUCAUACCAGUGAUCACUCGGCACCUGCUCGGACUGGAGGAGUGCUCACAUCCCACGCGAGAUUAUCGAGCAUCAGUAGCAAGUUGGAUUCACAAACUACAAAUUCACAACCCAUCCCCAAUCUGCAGACAACCCUACUCAACCCUACAACAUCCUUGCGGUCCAAUGCGGCUCGCACAUUUGGCAGCCAUCAAGUUUCCGAAGGGACACAGCCAGUCCAGGAGAGCUAUGCACCUGGGCCGUUUGAUCAGAUCAUUUAUCAGCUGGGUGGAUAUCCGCUUGUCUGGUUUCCAAGUAUACAAGCGUUGAAUUCGCAGGGCGCCAUUCCUUCUUUCAUGCCGUCUAUAUCACAGCUCCAGUCUUCCAGCCUGGGUACGCCAUCCGAAUUCACUUCAACUAGCAGUCUUUUUGGUGGAAUCCCUUCAACUCUCGGUCAAUCUUCCUCAAUCCCAGACUUGUUUGUUUCUACUCCUGGACUGCACGAGUAUCAAUCUAUUACCAACCAUGUGAUAACCCCCAAUCAGCCACUGUUCUCUACGGCACCUUUCCUCGAAGCAUCGCUGUGGAAGUCUUUGAAUCAAGUCACGACUGACUAUGCAUCGCUGUCAACGCAACUCACAGGGCUCGACAGAUAUAUGGCCAUGCAUACUUGGGAUCUAGACCCCCGAGCCAAAAGGUCGCUAGUCGAGCAAAGAAAAAGUUUGGUCAGAGAGCUGGAUGUAGUGCGGUCGUACAAAGAACAGUUGGAGACAACACUUGGGGUCUCAAAUAGCUCCGGUGUCCAGAAGGGGACUAAUCCAAGCCUCUCAGGCCCAUCGAAUACUCGUUUCCCAGGGGGGUUUGUAGCCAAUGAAUACUUUUCGGGACUGUCCGCCUCUUCCAUGCAACAUACGGCGUCUGGAUAUCCCCCUUCAAUGCCGGUUAGCUCACUUGCGCAGCAUUCAUCACCCAGCCAGUCACUGAAUCUGGGACUCAAGUGGCAAGCUAACCAAGUUAUGGAAGCCUUUGGAGGAAGUCACCCGGCUACUCCUAGUCUGUGCAACAACUGGGACGACCCAAGACGAUACAACCAAAGCUCAGACGCUGGGUUGAAUUCGAUCAAGUCUAUCAGAAUCUCUGCUGCCAAUUCAACAGGACCAGCAAUUGGAGAGAAUGGGUGGAUGCCUUCAUCGGUAGCAGCACCCUUGGAGAUCCGAGAAGUAUACAACAGAAUCGAGGAUGCCACGAGAAAGGACAAACCCAUUGACGACCUUCUCAGAGAGCUUUCUCAGGUGACGACACAACUCAUGAUGCACAAUAGGCACAAUCUCGAUGGGCAAACUCAUCGGACAAUUUCAUUGCUCGGCAAGCAGAUGAAUUCAUUUGAGGGCGCUCGGAAGUCAUUAUCUACAGACCUAGUUCAUGACACUGGUGUGCAUGGACCAGUGGCGGGACACUGCAGAAGGCCGUGGGCGUCCGAACACCUCGCCCAAAAGCCUUCAAUCAGGUUUCGCGGCACAUCUCUUAACUCAGAAGAGGAUUUUGACAGCGAAUCAACGGCAUCAUUGGUGUCGACAACGGAUUCGUGGGCCACUGUCCGCAGCGAAGGGUAA